AUGAGAGCAACACUCCCGCCUCUCAUUAAUGCGCUCUGCAUUCUGGCCUCAUUGCCAACAGCCUCGACCGCACCGGUCAAGCCACGAGAUGGCCUCCAGGUCCGCCUCUCAGUCGCAGAUGGCCUGAUCGCCAACCCAGUUGACGGGCGAGUUGUGUUGAUGUUCGCACCUCCUGGCGUUAAUCCCUUGGACAACUGGGAUGUCGUCGACACUCCGGAUGCCUUGUACGGCAAAAACGUCUACCACAUGCGCACGCAGAAGCCGGUCACGCUCGCAGGCGGCUCAGCGCGCAAUACCGACAGAGGUGUCUGGGGCUUUCCAAACACGACGCUCGACCAAGUCCCGGCAGGUCUGUACAGCGUGCAAGCUUUCGUGAACAUCUAUCAAACCGUCACAAGAAGUGAUGGCUCCGUUGUCAAGGUGGACUUCCCAUGUGGCGACGGCGCUCCGUCGGUCGAUGGUUACGGAAGUCUGAAAACGCCUGUCACAAACGUCUCCAUCUCUAGCGGCCCGCAAAUUCUGGACCUGAUGUUCAGCGCCAUUGAGCCGUAUCCCCAGCUUAACGGCACGGAGAUCGGUGGCUGCAACCAAGGAAACUACGCCGACACGCAGUAUCUAAAGCAUGUCAAGAUCCGAUCCACAGCGCUGAGCGAAUUCUGGGGUUUGGAUAUGUUCGUUGGCGCAAAUGUGCUGCUGCCUCAUGGCUACGUCAACGGUACCACGAGGUACCCAGUCAUUUACCACCAGAAUCAUUGGGAUGAGGGCAAUGGAGCGUACUACUACGGGACCGAUCUAGACUUCACUCGACAGUGGCAGACUGGAGUAAUUCCAGGCGCCAACAACCGCUCUUCUGGACGACCGACACCGAAAUUCAUCAUCGUCCAGUUCCGCCACGAAGCUCCGUUCUACGACGACUCUUAUGCUGUGAACAACGCCAAUUUGGGCCCCUACGGUGACGCCAUCAACGAAGAACUCAUCCCGUACAUUGACCAGACGUUCAGAACAAUUCGACAGCCUUACGCACGUGUGCAGGACGGCGGUUCUACGGGCGGCUGGGUGUCCGCCGCUAGUCUAAUCUUCCGGCCGGACUUGAUGGGCGUUUGUUUCUCAUCCUACCCGGACAGUCUGGACUUUAACAGCAGCUUGCCAGGAACGGCUCUGAAAGACUUCUGGCAACCGUCGAGCAAGAGAACCAUUGGGAACUCACCUUCGGAACUUCAUCGCGAAGUCGGCUUCAGUGGUAGGAGAUUGGACAAAACUGUACUGUGUGGGAAACGUCUACUAAUCGUCUGCCUUUCUGCCCGCAGGGAUGUGUGGAACGCUGUCUUCGGCGUCCAGGGAUUUAACAACUAUCCACUCGAGCCUUGGGACAAGGUGACCGGUGUCAUUUAUCCUGGCGCUGUGGAGUAUUGGCGGCACAUGGACCUCUCACAUUACAUUACCGACAACUGGGACAACGAUUUGAAUCUUGGCGCUGUGCUGAGGAACCGCAUCUUCAUCUACGUUGGAACCGCGGAUAAUUACUAUCUCAAUCUCGGCGUCGAGCAGUUCGAAGCCAACGUGAAUGGCCGAGGAGGUCCUGGUUGGGCCAACGUGACGAUUCUACCCAACGAGGAGCACGGCGGCAAUUACCAGCUCCGGGAUACGUGGAACUACCUCCAACUCGUAUCAGACUGGGUCCGAGAUCACGCACCCAACGGAGCCACACCGCUCACAGCGGCUCAGACGGCACCGAGUGCCCGCGGCAACCGAUGGGAAGACGUUCUUGCAUACGGCGGUCACAGCGCCGCGGUUGCCCGACAGGCGGAUCCAGAGGUCUCGAGCGGUGACUCGUGCAAGCCUGGAUCAACCAUUUCUGCUUCUCCCGGCCGAUGGGAUCCUGGUAUGUCGCUGUCAGCUAUGUGGAUGAUCAACAGUAGGCAGCGUGGUCGGGAGUUUGCUGUCUACGAGGACGAAAGCGUGAGCUUUGAGGUACCAUCAAAGGCGAAUACUGUCGAGCUUGUCGUGACUGGCAAGAAGCGUGGGUAUACGACGGAGACAAGACAUAGCAACAAGGUGGAAGUGAAGGCAUAA